AUGACUAGCGAAUCUACAGGCUACGAAGUAUUGGAUCAAUACAGGACAAUUUCUAACAAACUAAAAAAACGUUUUCUACGUAAACCAAACGAAACCGAAGCUUCCGAAUCCUUUGUACAACUAGCCAACAAAUGCGAAGCUCAGCACUUGCCUCAGUAUUCAGCACUGAGCUGGAUUGCUGCUGCUAGAUGCGAAGGCACUUUAGGCAACAGCAUCAGCGAAAACUCUUACUUACUCAGAGCAGGCAGGCAGUUUUUAAAUGCUGAACGAGAGGAUUUGGACAUUGGUUGUACUAGUGCUAAUGAAAACCUUCAGGCAGGCUUAGCUUGCUUCAGGCAUGCUUUUUUGAGACACAAUAAUGAAACCAGCUUGGGAUUAGAGCUAAUAGAUUAUCUACAAAAUCUUGACCAAAAAGAACUAUAUUUGAAGCAAGCAGUUGAUCUUGCUAGUAAAAACAAACAAGACAGUCAUUUGCAUUGUCUUGGUUUGUUAGGGAAUUAUUUUAUUGCAAAAGGAGAUCAUGUUGCUGCCUUGCAAACGUAUCAAGAAAUACGCAAAGUAUUAGAUAAUGUUGCAGUCACUGGGUAUAAAUGUAAAACCUUAUUAGAAUGUGAAAUAAAUUUAGUAUUUUUGUUGCUGAUCCUCAAACCUAGUCCGCAAAAUAUCCCUACACAAUUGGCCAAGAUAUUGGAAAAAUAUACUUGGGGAGAUCAAUCUUCCUUACUAGGCAUGUUUAAUAUAAUAAUUAAUUAA